CCAAGAAAUCGAAAGAGGAAAAACAAGUGAAGGAGAGCAAUGGGAUGGAGCUGAAAGAAGCUCAAGAACACAUUGGGACCUUAAAAAAGCUUCAAGAGAAGGACCCGGAGUUCUACGAGUUCUUGAAAGAACACGAUAAGGAACUGCUCGAAUUCGACGAAGACGACCUGGAC